CGCACACCACUGCACACAGCAGCUGAGAUCGGGCGUGUGGAGGUUGUGAGGUUGUUGGUCAAGAAGGAAGGGGCUAACGUCAAUGUUAUCGACGCGAAGAGGAAAACGCCGUUAUAUCUCGCGGCGAGGAGACUACACGCCGAUGUGGUGGGGUUGCUGCUGGAGGAUGGGAGGAUCGACGUGAACAUCCUGGACUAUGCCGGUAGGUCGGCAUUGCACAUGUCGUCGAAGGAUACCCGUUGGGCGGCGGUCGCGAAGCUCCUCAUGAGCAGCAACAAAUUGGAUGUUAAUUCCCGGAGCGAAGCCAACAUUACGCCUUUACACGCCGCCGCCGCUUCGGGUAAUGAAGAAGCUGUAAUGACUCUGCUUGGAGAUAGUAGAAUAGACGUCAACAUCAAGGACUACGGCGGCCGCACAGCACUCUACCUUGCCAUCAAGCGGGGCAGGGAAUCCGCCGCGAGAGCCUUGAUGAACGACCCCAGGGUCGACAUAAACAUCGGGACGAACACAGGCUUGACACCCCUGCACGCCGCAGCGCAGGUAGGCGAGGAAGAUAUCGCUAGAGACCUCCUGAGGGAUAGCAGACUCGACCUAUCCCUGACCAGCCACGACGGAAACACACCACUGCACGAAGCCAUCUGCUACCGCCGCACCAACAUAGCCCGCAUCCUGCUAAGUGACCCCCGCAUU